CCCCGGUUACCGUAUAGUGCUGACGAUGUCAGGAGGAUGUACAUGUAAAAAUAUUUUGAUUCCAGGUGAAGUAUGGUCAGUUCUGGGAGAUGAGAGUGCUUUCUUCUUUAAGCUUGGUGUUUGAGCAGUUUCUUAUAUAUGAACAGAUUUUGCUGUUACUAUUAAUACCGAAUUGCUGGCUUUUUCCUGCAUUCCAGAGAAUAAGUAUGCUAGUGACAUAUUAUUUUAGUUUAGAUAAAUUUACCUGAACUAAAACACCAUCUGUCAAUAAAUGAUCUAAAUAAAAUACCACUGUCAUAAUGAAAUCCAGCGCACACCUGUCCUCUGGCUUGUGUGAAAGGCCGGCUGCUCUGGCACCCGUCCCUUGCCAAGGCUACAGGACGUCUGACAGCAUCUCUCAACGCGGAGCCAGGCAGCACAGCUGCCUCCCAAAGGAAUGGGCACAGUGGCGCCAGAGAGGGGAGUCCACAGAAACAUUCCAGAGCAGCGUUUGGACUACGUUGACGCCGUACACGGUACAAAAGCCCCGUUGGCGGUGUCAGUUUACUCCCGGCGCGGCUGGAACCCCUUCUCCCCCCAGCAGCCAGGAGCCUCGCUCCCGCGCCAGCCCGCCGUCUGCGCAUGUGCGACCCCGCCUCCUCCUCCCAGCUCGUUCUUCCCGGCCUUCACUCCGUCGUGGGAAACAAUCCGUGGCACCCGGGUCCAUGCGGCGAGGGAGCUGUGGAAGCACCGGAAGCCCCCGUCAUGUAUUAGUUCCGUGUGUCAGUGCUGCUGGAACCCCAGCGCGCCCCCAGGCCUCCAUUCCGCGAUUCACUCAUCUGAAGGGGCGGGGAUGGCUGGGUCAGCUAGCAGCCACCUCGCUCGGCUCUAACAUGCCCCGGAGCCUGAGUUAUUUCCCGUGUACUCAUUUGUUACUUAUGUACAAUCAAGACACAGUUUCCUGAAGCCAUCGAAGGCUGUGUUCCGUGGAAGGUCUGGGACAAUUUUAAGAAGAGAGAACCUAAAUUGGUAAUAAAUCAGUAAGAAACAAAUGUUUACAUUCUCUCAAUGAAAACUAUCAUGUCUAAGUUCAACACAUAUGGGAGCCACUACAUGGACAUUUCUCCCUCUUCCACUAAGAGCGGAAAAUGAACAAAUCCCAGGAACAAGUGUCAUUCAAAGAUGUAUGUGUAGACUUCACCCAGGAAGAGUGGUAUCUGUUGGAUCCUGAUCAGAAGAUACUCUACAGAGACGUGAUCUUGGAAAAUUACAGCCACCUUGUCUCAGUAGGGUAUUGCAUUACUAAGCCAGAAGUGAUCUUCAAGAUAGAGCAAGGAGAAGAACCCUGGAUACUAGAGGAAGUACUCCCAAGCGAGGGCCACCUAGAAGACUGGAAAGUUGAUGACCUGAUAGAAAGCAGCCAGGAAAAUCAAGAUGAACAUUUUUGGCAACUUGCUUUCACCACCAACAAAACAUUAAUUUUAGAUAGUAGUGACAGAAUAAGGAAAACUUUCAACCUGGGUACACAUUUGGUUCCUUCAAGAAAUUUUCCACGUAAGGUAUGUGACUCAUGUGAAAUGAGUUUGAAAAAUAUUUCAGGCUUAAUUAUUAAUAGAAAGAACUAUUCUGGAAAGAAACCUGAUGAGUUUAAUAUAUAUGAAAAAUUGCUUCUUGAUAUUAGGCAUGAGAAAACUCCUACUGGAUGGAAAUUGUAUAAAUAUCAAAAAAGGAAUAUCCUUAAUCAUAGCCAGCAUCUCACUCAGCCAAUUUUUGACCAGGCUUUUGAGUACAAUGAAAAUGGACAAGGCUUCCAUGAGGAGGCAGCCUUGUUCACAAACAAGAGAACUCAGGUAGGAAAGACGCUCUGUAAAUAUAAUGAAUGUGGAAGGACCUUCAUCCAAAGUUUAAAGCUCAGUUUAUCUCAGAGAACUCAUUUGGAAAUGGGGCCAUAUGAAUGCAAUAUUUGUGGGAAGACCUUCUAUAUGGACUUAAGAUUGGGACAUCGGCAAGCUCCUAUAGGGGAGAAUCCUUAUGAAUAUAAUGAAAAUGGGCAAAUCUUCUGUGACAAUUCAACAUUCAUUAUCCAUCAGGGAACAUACACAAAGACUCCCCAUGAAUAUAAAGUAAAUCAUAAAAUAUGGGAAAAAUCACCCAUCUUUAAACAUCAGGUAAUACACAUGGUGGGAAAACCUUAUGAGCACAGUGAAAAUGGAAAUAAUUUCAACAAAAAGUCACAUCUUACCCAACUUAGAAGAGCUCACUCUGGAGAAAAAAUCUUUGAAUGUGGUGAAUGUGGAAAAACAUUUUGGGAGAAGUCAAACCUCACUCAACAUCAGAGAACACACACUGGAGAGAAACCCUAUGAAUGUACUGAAUGCGGGAAAGCCUUUUGUCAGAAACCACACCUUACCAACCACCAGCGAACACAUACAGGAGAAAAGCCCUAUGAAUGUAAGCAAUGUGGGAAAACGUUCUGUGUGAAGUCAAACCUCACUGAACAUCAGAGAACACACACAGGAGAGAAGCCCUAUGAAUGCAACACAUGUGGAAAAUCCUUCUGCCACAGGUCAGCAUUAACUGUACAUCAGAGAACACACACAGGAGAGAAACCCUUUAUAUGUAAUGAAUGUGGAAAGUCCUUCUGUGUGAAGUCAAACCUCAUUGUACAUCAAAGAACUCACACAGGAGAAAAACCUUAUAAAUGUAAUGAGUGUGGGAAAACCUUCUGUGAGAAAUCAGCUCUCACUAAACAUCAAAGAACUCACACAGGGGAGAAACCCUAUGAGUGUAAUGGAUGUGGGAAGACCUUCAGUCAGAGGUCGGUACUCACUAAACAUCAGAGAAUUCACACAAGGGUGAAAGCUCUUUCAACGUCCUGAUGUUCAGAAGCUUUCAUCCACUCUUUCAGUUUCUUAAUACAGUAUUUUAAUGUGAGAUUAAUGAAAUCCAAAGAAUGAACUAGAAAUGCUAGAAAGUGAUGUCUCAUGCAUACUUCAAAUAAUAACUUAGAAUAAAACUUGAUGUUUAAGUAUGUGAAAGCUUUCAAGAAAAAAACAUAAAAUUUGUACCGAGGGGAAAUUUAUUCCUUUAAGUAAUGUAAAAAUAUUUAUAAAUUAUGUUGUGUAGUGCCAUAUCCUAGAUGUGAUACCAAAUUUUUUUUGUAAAUAUAAUGAAUGAUAUUCAGUUAUACCCAUAGUCAGAGUAGAGUCUGAGGCUUACAAAAAGUUGAAUAACAAUAGCAGUAAACAAACAUGAAGAGUCCCUGAUGUUUGCAAGCCUUAUGUGAGUGUGCUAAUAUAACAAAUUUGAGGUAUGCUUGGUUUGUAUACUGGAGCCCAACAUGCUUGUAAAGAGAAAAUAUGAAUCCCUAGUUAUAUAAGCAUUGCAGCCUAUUUAAUAUUUCCCACACUACCACAAGGAUAUAGGUUAGCAUAAUUAUGUAUGUAUAUAUAAAUGUUUUUAUACACACAUCCUCACAAACAGUGGUAUGCUCUAGAGUAAGUUCAUGCUGUCUUACAAGUACUGCUGAUUGUUAAAUUUUUAGGAAUUUUGUGAGCCAAUUGUUAAAUGGUCAUUAUUUUAAAAAAGGGUAAUGAAUACUCAACACUCACCACUUCCUAAUUAUUUUACAUUUUUCAAUUAUCUUUUUUCUUUGGGCUACUUACUUACUGAAUCUACAUGGUGAAAAAUACAGGCAUACCUCAAAGAUAUUGUAGGUUUCAUUCCAGACCACCACAAUAAAAUUUACACCAUAGAAGAUUUAAAGUAUAAGUCACAUACCCCUUCUAUUUCCUGAUGUAAAGUAAAUAUUGCAAUAAAAUGACUCAAUGACUUUUUGGUUUCCCAGUUAAUAUAAAUAAAAGUCCAUGAAAUGUGAAAUAGCAUUAUGUCUGAAAAAAGUUAAUACUUUAGGUUUAAAAAUAUUGUUAAAAAAUGCUACCAUCACUUGACCUUUCAGUGAAUCAUAAUCACUGAUCACAGAUCACCAUAACAAAUACAAUACUAAUGAAGAAGUUUGAAAUAUUGUAGGAAUUACCAAAGUGUGACAAACACAAAAUAAGCAAAUAUUACUGGAAAAAUGGCAUCAAGAUUGUGGUAGUGCCACAAAUCUUCAAUUUGUGAAAAACAGAAUCUAAAAUGUACAAUAAAAUGAGUUAUGCCUAUAUAAUGGUGUGCUUACUGUACAUCUCUUACCAACUCUGUUCAGUGCCACAUGUUGGUAGCCUGGCUUUAGUGGGAGUAUUUACACCAUAACAGAUUUAAAGUACAAGUCACAUACCCCUUCUAUUUCCUGAUGUUAAUAAAUGGCUAUGGACAUUAUUGCUUAACUGCCUUUUCAAUAAAAGAACCCAAAAACAUUUUUUGUGAGGUUUUUAAACUACCUCUGCAUCAGCCCUAUCUUAUCACUAGCAUAGUCUCUUUAGGGUUUGGCCAGAUGUUAUUUUACAACCGUAUCUCCUACCUUUCCCCUGAUGUUCACAUAUGUGAAUGAGUAUGGCCAUUAUUACUGGGCUACCACUUAUAUAAAGAAUGAAACAAUUUUUAUGUUUUUCAGCUGCUUCUGGGUCAGUGAGUAAUGUAAAUGCUGCCAAUAACAACGGUUCUUAACACAAGUUUUGCAAAAGUUAACAUCAGUUAUAAACAGUAAAGCUGCGCUGUGCAAAUAAAAAGGUAGUGGUAUGUAAUGAAAUGCCUCUUUUAUUCUCUUGGUGUCUCAAUUCUAUACCUGUUUAGGCAUGCUAUAUUGUAUGUACCCCAGAAACUGUGUAUUUGUACUUAACAGAGUGUCAUGUACUAUCUCUGCCCCUUUGUCCUGCUGCUCUCCAUGCUUCCUUGGAACACUUGAUAAUCAGCUCCAAGAGACACUGCCCACCCAGCAACCAUUCCCUACUACUUAACUUGCUGGAGUCUGUUUUGUCUCUGUUCAUCCUUCCCACAGAUGAUUUAGGAGUAAACCCAGAUUAGUCUGGGUUAAUCAUAGCGAUCCUUGCUAAUGAUUUUGUUGGGGUGGACAUGUGACCAGUGAAAUAUUUGGAAAAUACUCAGCAGUACUCUGGGAAAGUACUCGUGAUAAAAUAGUGUCAUGACAGGAGAAGACAAGAAUAAAUGGUCUCUCUUCUGCUGGACUUUUUCAUAUCUGUGUGUUAUACCAGAUUAUAGUUUAUGGCCCUGCAGGGCAAUAGCCUGGAGAUAACAGCACACAUGAUGGUGAAAGCCUAGCUCAGAGGUGACAUCACUGAGCUGCACAACUAUCUGGACCUGCUGUACUUAGGACUUUGUAUUACUGCGGUAUUGACAGUUCCUUAUUUAUUCUUAGGGCUGUCUGUUUCUUAGAGCUGAAUGCAUUCCAGCUGAUAAAAAUACUUUUCUAAGUUAAUGUUCUAUAGAGUGAUUGGGGGAAGAAUGGUUUCUUUUCACAGGUUAAUUUAAUGAUAGCUAUUUGUGUCAGCCAUGGUGCUAAUGAAAAACUCCCAGCUUAAGAUUUUAAUGAAGGACUUUAAAUUACAGUGCCACGGGCCAGAGACAAGGGAUACUGAAGCACCUAGAGACUAGUAUCAGCAGGAAGCUAUCAUGGUUCUAAGUACUAAAGAGACAAAGGACAGAAACCGAUGUUAUCAGAGCCUAGUAAGAGUUUCUGUCAUGGAAGAGGGGUCACCUUAUAUAUAUAGGAGAUGUCACUAUCAGAAUUAUAGCACCAAAUUGCUGGGGCCUCCCUUUGGAGAAUCCAGUCAGAUGCCAUGUACAGGUAAGCCCAGGAGGGCACAAAGUGGAGAGAAGGUCUGGGUGGAGCCAGUGGAGAAUAAGCAACACAGUGUUUUUAUCCUAUAAAUCCCUAUGUAAGCUCUCAGAAAUAAAGUUAUUCUACUAGUUGAAAAUUAAGUGUUUCUGCUUCAUUGUGGCUUUGUGUCAUCAUAAGUAAAUUCUUUUUGGAACUGAGCACUGUGGCAAGUAUCUGACAUGCAUGAAACACGUUAUUCGUAUAUCUUGUGGGGUUUCCUGUUAUAUGUGGUAUGAGGUAAGCAGCUCUUUUGAAAAAGGGUGAGGUAAUUCACCCUUUUUCAUAUUGGCUUGUUAUUGCAUUUUUAUCAUGUACGUAAAUAUUAUGUGUAGUGGCUAUCUUGUUCAAUGCACUUUUCUAUGUUCCCUCCAGUGUUACAACCUGUCCUUAAGCACAGAGUUGUGAGCACACCCUCUAUGAUAACAUCUCUUCUUGAGCAACUUGUAUGGAUCUAAGAAUGAUCAUUUGUUACAAAAUAGGCUACUGAGAACCCAUUCUAGAAUAUUUCUACUGAGAAGUCACCAUAACCACAUAGUUUGUGUCCUUGGUGCUGCCAGCAGUCAUAUCAAGGAAAUACAUCUGCAAGGGAGAAGAUGGUAAAAAGCAUUACAAAGUAGCAAAAUAAAAACGGAAAAAAUUGUCAGAAGGGUGGUUUGAUUUUAUAUAGUAUGGAGAAAGAUCUCACUUGGGAAAGCUGCAGUGGAGGGAGUGAGCCAUUCAUAUAUCUGGAGGAAGUGUGUGUGUGUGUGUGUGUCUGUAUAUGAGAAAGACUAACAACGUAUAUCUGAUUUCACAAAACAACACCCUAAUUAACUCUAAUGUAUUUUGAUGUUUUAUUUUGGAUUAUAUUGUAUUAAGAGAAAUGCUUGUUCCCAUAUAGUAAACUGAUUUCACUACCAAUGAAUGGGGUCAUCUCCCAGAGCUUGAAAAUGCUCAAGUAUGUAAAAUCAGAAAAGGAAUUGCUGAGUCAUCAGUAUGGCUUUCUGAAAUGAUUAAACAGUUGAAAUUCCCAGAACCUGGAAAUUGUUUCCUGAUAAACUCCCAAAAACUUGUUUAUUGGGAAUUGGGCCCAUAUUCUGGUUUGAACUUGGCCCCCCCUUACCUGUUGUGUUCUUGUCACUUCACAUCCAGCUUGUACUUGGCUGGGAAGGGUAGAGCCAUAGUCUCUGGAAGGGUUCAACCUGUGAUAGAUAUCCUAGACACCCUCAGCCUGGAGAGUGCAGCUGUAAUUGCCCUGGACCUCCCCAUUUAUCUGUGGGGGGAAGGCUUACCCUGUUACAGCUCCUAUUGUUUCCACUGAAUCUUCAUCUCCCCUCAGUGACCAGACACUGGAUAACCUCAGUUUCCCAGCUUUUAUCUGAGGAACCAUACCUUCCUUAGACCUCUUAGACCUUACAUCCCCAGGUUUUGAGGCAAUGAGGAACUGAUGUCUGCUCAUAGACACCACUUUUUAAGAGCAAGUGCCCCUCAGAUACUUGGGGAGGUGAAGUGAUGCUUACUGUAUUGCCUCCUCCCCAACCAUGUCUGGAGUCCGCAGUUUGGGAUGCUUGAUCCUCUGUGGGCUCAUCUACAAAAUGGUCAUGGUUAACUCCAUCUGAAAGAGUUUACCUGCACAUACAAGCUAAAAAUUCUAACUUGUCUACUCCUCAAAGGAAGCCUACGUCCUCAGAGAAUAAGAGAGGCAUUUUGAACUCUAGUUCCUAAUGAAGGCAUGCUCUGCUCCUGUGGGUCUGGCCACAUUCCUUAGAAAAGGAACUUGGAGAAGAGUGGCAGGUGGCUGCUGCCCAUGGGGUAGUGGGACUUCCAGGACUGGCUGCUGCUGUGCUGAUGGUCCAUACCAGCACCCAGAUUGGGAGAAGAGGGCAUAAACAUUUAUGAACUAUAAUAGGAGUAUUCUUCAAACCCUCCCACCUUAGAUAUUUCCCCUGAAAUAACUGUUUUUCUUCAGCAUGUAUCCUGGGCCUUUUUCCAUGCAUUUCAAUCCAUAUAUAUGUACCAAUAGAGAAUUUGUAAUAGACUGGAUUCUUAUGGGAAUUUGAGUUUUGCAAAUCAGAAAUACUGUCCAAGUAUUAAAGUCCUACAUUGCAGGCAUAAUUAUAAAUACCAUUUCCAAAUCAUAUUUUGUUGCCUGGAAUUAUGUCAUUUUAAAGCUAGCAUGCCCAGUGAUUUGCAAGUUGUAAUUGCUACUAAAGAGAAAUAAACCUUAUCAUUUUUAAUAGCCUAUGGAUGAUCUACUUUAUUGGUUUAUGUUUUUUCCAAAUGAUAUGGUGAUUUGUGCAGAUACUCCAUUAUAUAGUUUAAAACAAAAUCCUAUAAAAAUGUAUCAGUUUUAAAAUUGGUAAUGUUAGUGGUAGUAAUGAAAAACAUCGAACUUAAUUUGGAAAAGCAGACACUGGAGGUUUGUGAGAAACUGUGAAACACCAUGCACUUAAUAGGUAAUGAUGAGGAAAUAAUUAUGCUCAUAAAUACAAAUAAAGUGGCUUUAAAAUACCAUAGGAGUCAUAAACAUAUUCUCUAAAAUGUGACCUUCAAUUUUAUUUAUAUGGGAAAUUUAAUGAAAAAAUAAUACUACUACUCUUUACAUUUAGCUGUAGGUGGAUUGUAAUUUUGUCUAUGGUAUUUGGCUUGACUUCUUAUAUUUCAGUUUUCUGUUUUGGUACACACACACAGUCUUAGAAUAGGAUACACACUGCAAAUUCCAUUUGUCAUUUCAUAAUAUGUCAUUAACAUUUUUCUAUUUUUCUCACAUGAUAUUUUUAAUGACUAGGAUUUCAUAUUAGGGCCAAUACCAUUUAACUUGUAUCUCAUUGAAAGUGGCUUCCAAUAUUUUUAUCAUCAUAAGAAAACACUGGAGGAACACCUUUGAGCAUCCAUCUUUGUACAUUUCUCCAAGUUUUCUUCUUAGAAUUUCUUUCUAAAAGUGCAAUUUCUGGAUUCAAAUUUAAGUUCAUUUCAUUUUGGAUUAAACUGACACCAGAAAGGCUGCAUGGAUUUCACUCGUAUCCAAAAUCUGAAAAUGUGGGUUCUCUAAACCCAUUUCCCACAGUAGAUCCUGUUCUUUUACAUUUUUUCCAACCUUAUUUAUGUGACAUUGUAAGACAGUUUUUAUGUUGACUUCCUAGAGAUAUUGAACAAAUGAACACUAUUUGUUGAUUGCUCAUCUUCAGUUUAUUAACAUUGGCUCAUGUCUUUAGCCUCAUUUUAAUUAAGGUG